UAGUUUCACUUUACUGAGUCUCCAAACGGCCAUUUGCAUCGCGUCUCUCCAUAAAAACCGUGCAGUAGGGUGUUAACUGUAAAUUAAAAUGCUUUUUAACAUUUUUUGUAAUGUAGCAUGACAUGUUGCUUUGGAUCGUAGACGGCACUUGAACACUUCCUCGUUUUUAACCCUCAAAAACUAACGCCAUGACCUCCUUCUCUCCAAUCCAAACUCUUUUGGCCCCUGGGUUGCUUGUCCUUUUCCUGUCCGUCCGUCUGGAUGCAGCUACAGAAGAAACAAUCUAUGCAAAGAUUGGAGAUAAGGUUACUCUCGAACCAAAAGCCAGUACUGUGACGGCUGAAAUCCAAACCAUCACCUGGAAAGUUGGGCAGGAUCUUGCUGCUGAACUGGAAAACGGACAACUCGAAUUUUAUCGGGAAUUUAAAGGUAGGAGUGACUUGAACAACCAGACGGGAGAUUUCACAAUCACAAACCUGCAAUAUGGAGACGGCAAUGUUUACAGGGUCGAGAUAAACGGCAAUCCUGGUGAUCACUCCAUUCGCCUUCAAGUCCUCUCUCCAGUUCCUGUCCCUACCAUUCAUUCAACGUGUCAUCAAGACUCAAACUCCUGUACCCUAACCUGUGAGGGAAACACAACCAGAGCGGAACCAGUGAACUACGUGUGGAUGAAGAAAGAUGGAAGUGAAGUUAACACGGGAAGAGAAUAUAUGAUCACGGAGAAAGAUUUGGGUGUCAAAGAGUAUUUCUGUAAGAUGAAGAAUGAAGUCAGUCAGGAAAGCAGCCAACCCUUCCUCAACCCUUUGACUCCUCCUCCAAAGAGUCAAGAAAGUGGCCCAAGGAUUUCCGCAGGACUCACGGUCUUCGUCAUCCUCUUAGCACUUGUUUUGCUGUUGGGGAUCUUACACAGAGUGAAAACGGGAGAGUGCUUCUACAACAAAUCAUCAUAUCCUUGGGAAGCUGAUUUCUGGAGGAAUACUAAGGGACAGCAACCACAAGCAGCUGCUGAAGAAGCAAACGGAGCCACCCAUCAUCCACUUAAAGAGAAUACGGAUGAAACGUCUUUCGGAAAUGAAUAAAAGAAAAGGCAAGCCAACUAUGGACCAAAUGUUGGCCUCAUCAGCAGAAGUCUCACUGCAACAAGUAUUUCAAAAGGAUGUUCAGAGAAAGAAUUUAUUUGAAAAGUGUCUGUUUUUUAAUGACACUAAGGAAGCUUUUUCCAAGUUUUCUAUUUUUUUGUGAAAUUUUCUGAUGGCACUGAAAGCGGCAAAACUGCCUGAGAAGAAGGAACCAAGAAAUUAUCCUGUGCAUGUUGCAUUGGAUGUUUUCAACUUUGGCAAAUGAGAGAGGUUUGGCAAAGGAGAGAGGUUUAUUUAAAGGAGGAAGUAAGAGAGAAGACCUCUGAUCUUAAGGUUUUGUUCCUGCCAAACUACUCCUAAAACAAUUCCUGGAAGCCCGGUAAAAGUGAGCUUUCCUAUAACUGACAGCAACAUCCACCGAUGGUUAAUCCGAGACUGUUUCUCUUGGCCAUUAACCAGUGUCAGAGGAACUGAGCUAAUGGAAGAGGAAUAAAGGAAGGGUAUUUUGCGGUAUGUCAACUGACUGACAAGGCUUUUUAGAAAACUGCUCACUAGAUUUAGUUUUUUGCUAGAGAAUAGAUUUAAUGUUUGCAUGAAUUACAGCAGGUCAUCUAGGUCAACAAUUUGCAAGAAUCCACCACUUCUGCCUCGUCAGUUAAAAGACUAUUUCCUCAAAAUCUGACGGAUCAUUAACAAAUAUGGACAAAUGUCUAUGCCUGUGUUUUUAUGUUGUUUAGCAGUUUUAGCGUCUCAUUAAUGAAUCAGGAAUUGGUUUUAACUGAGGUCUGCGGAGCAUCAGAUGUGCUGGUUUGUUUUGUCACUUUCUGGACGAAUUGUUGAUGAGCUGCAAGAGUAACUUUUCGGCUCUAAACAAAUCGUGUGUAAAUAUUGCCGAUGUUGGGGUAAAUGUUUCUUUCGUUUACUUAUUUUCUAUCUGUAUGUACUUUUUUUCCUUUUUUUAAUAACUGACAUUUGUCUACUUGAAAUGGAAGUUUGGAAUAUUUUUGUGAGAAUGCCAUGAUGUGCCAGGAGAUUAUCCAUUUGUUUUAUGAAGUUUCAAGAGAUUGGUUUAUUUAAACUAAAAAGCUGCCCCAACUGCUUCUUUUUGUGCUACAGUAUAUUAAACACAGCUACAACAUCCAAGUUUUAA